AGUCUACUAAAACAAGGGUUCAAGAAGCUUUUAGUCUUUCAAAUUCCUUAUUUAACCUUCCAAAUCUCCCACGUGAAUUAGAUUCUUCCUCCCUCUCUCAUCUAUUUUCAAUCACUAGUAUCAUCGGAUCCUUUAACUUUUGAGUUUUGUAAAAUGGAAAGUACUCUAGGAUUGGAAGAAAAAGAGACUAAAGAAAUUCAAGUAGAAAAAGAAACCCGCGAGGAGAUGCUCUCAAGGCAUAGGAAAGAGAUCACCCAGCUACAGAACAAGGAAAUUGCACUAAAAAAAGCAGCUGCAAAAGGAAGUAAAGCUGAACAAAAAGCUAAGAAGAAACAAGUGGAAGAACAGAUCUCUCAACUCAUCACUGAGCUUAAAGGAAAACAGGUUGCCGAACUAGCUUCUGUAGGCUAUGCUAGCACCACUACCAGUGGAGAUAUCAAAGAAAACAAUAUUGAUAUUUUGGCAAAAGCCAUAGCUGGGGUCUCGGUUACUAACCAAACGGAGCAUGCAAAAACUUCUAAAAGUGCAAAAAGAAAAGAAAAACGAGCCCAAGAGGAAGCUGCCCGGGAGCAAAGGAUACAAGAAGAACAAAGCAAUAUUGUAAGUGAGCGUAUGGUUGAAGAUGAAAGAUUAGAGAAAAAGCUUGAACCCCGUGGUUUAAUCAUUAAUGAAAUCAAACCAGAUGGUCAUUGUCUAUAUCGGGCUGUUGAAGAUCAGUUAAAAGUCAAAGGCUCACCGUUCUAUACAUUUGAAGAACUUAGAAAAAUGGUGGCUGAUUAUAUGAGAAAAAAUUCUUCUGAUUUUCUUCCAUUUUUUCUCUCGGAAACUGUUACGGAUGGGGAUUAUGAUGAUUCUGUUGUAGAGAAAAGGUUUGAAAGUUACUGUAAUGAAGUGGAGUCAACAGCUGCUUGGGGUGGUCAACUUGAACUCGGUGCACUGACGCAUUGCUUGAAGAAACAUAUCAUGAUAUUUUCUGGGUCUUUUCCUGAUGUGGAAAUGGGAAAGGAGUACAAAUCUAGCGAUUCUGCAAGCUCAAGUAUUAUGUUGUCAUACCAUAAGCAUGCAUUUGGGCUCGGUGAGCAUUAUAACUCUGUCGUGCCCGUUUAAAAGCAUAGAGUUUCAGGUAGGAUAAAACCAUACUUGGAAUUUAACUUAUAGCUUUUUGUUUCAUAUUUUUGGUAUCUAAUGGCAAUAUAACCGUGUUGAAUCUUUGAAUCUAGGCUUUGUAGUAGUAUUGCCUUUUCAAUUUUUCAAGUUCCUAAUUUUGAGCUUAUAUCAUCCGAAUAAUACGAUUGCUGCCAUAUAUCUUUCGAUGGCUUGUGAAUUA